AUGUCAGCAAAAGGAGGCUGGAUGGGCUGGUCUGCCAAAAAGAAGCUUCUCGUAUUCGGCUCUUUUGGCCUUCUUAUUGUCGCUCUCGGUAUCGGACUUGGGGUCGGCCUCGGAAUUGGAUUGAAACAUAGUGGAGGGAAUGAGGGAAGCGGCAACACCAGUGGAAGUGGAAGUGGAAGUGGUACUGGCGCUGGCACUGGCACUGGAAACGGUAAUGGAACAACCGGAGGGAAUACGACAUCGAUCUGGCAACCAGGAGUAGGAAUCAAAUGGCAGAUCGAGCUUCUCUACGCCCUGAACGACACCACAGUGGACGCAGACAUCUACGACAUCGACCUGUUCGACAGCCCAAACUCAACAAUCACAAAACUUCAAGAAAUGGACCGCAAGGUAAUCUGCUAUUUCUCCGCAGGCACCUACGAGAAAUGGCGCCAAGAUGCCAACGAAUUCAAGACAUCAGAUCUUGGAGACAGUCUCGAUGACUGGCCUGGCGAAAAAUGGCUCAACACAAACUCGCAAAACGUGCGAAAUAUCAUGCGACAACGUCUGGAUUUGGCGCAGGCAAAGGGAUGUGAUGGUGUUGAUCCGGAUAAUAUCGAUGGAUAUAAUAACAAAAACGGCCUCGGAUUGACUCAAGACGACGCAAUCAGCUAUGUGAAGUGGCUUGCCUCGCAGGCGCAUGAUCGGAACCUAUCGAUUGGACUGAAGAACGGCGGCGACAUUAUUGGCUCGGUCAUGGACAAGAUGCAAUGGUCGGUUAAUGAGCAAUGUGCUGUCUAUGAAGAGUGCGAUCUCUACUCGGCGUUUGUUAAUGCCAGCAAACCGGUCUUCCAUAUCGAAUAUCCGAAAGGUGAUGAUACCAACAAUGACAAUAAUGUGUCAACGAAACAAAGGAAUUCGGUUUGCAACGCGGCCAAUUCUCGGAACUUUUCAACUGUGAUCAAGAAUAUGGACCUGGAUAACUGGGUCGAAUACUGUUGA